AUGUUGAACCACUCUUUUCUUAAGAUCAGUGUGCUAGUCUUUACCUUUUUUGUCAACUCACUCAUCGUGUCAUCAAAGCUAUGGAAUUGUAUUGGCGAAUAUACACCACAUGGGGUUUGCGGUCAAACAUUAGAUACCGGUAAUUCUCAAAUCACCUGCAAGCCCGGAUCGUGUUAUAACAGGGCUGCAAAUACAAAAAAUGUUCACAUGUAUGGCUGUACAUGGGAAGACCAACCCGUUCCUGGCCUAAGUCAACAAGAUUGCGUAGAAUACAAUUGGGAUUCUACUGGAGCGCAAGAUGGUAAAGGUGCUUUCACUUGCGUCAAUCCCCGGGGACAUACUUAUAGCUGUGAGGUGGACCCAAGUAAAGUAGGAUACAUCUCAUGUGAUGAUUGCUACACCCAAUAG